AUGGAGUGGUACCACCUCCUCACAGUGAGAAGCUGGCAGAUUGAGAUCCAUCUGUCAGCUGACACAAGCACCAGUGCCCGUCUCCGAGUUUACGCUGAGGCAAUGCAGACUGCCAAGAGAAACUUAAAACGCUUUAGAGAACCAAAGCACGAAAGACGUCCCUGGAGGAUAUGGUUUUUAGAUACUUCCAAGCAAGCCAUAGGGAUGUUGUUCAUCCACUUCGCAAAUGUCUAUUUAUCAGACCUUACAGAAGAAGACCCCUGUUCACUGUACCUUAUCAACUUCUUGUUAGAUGCCACAUUAGGAAUGUUGUUAAUCUACAUUGGCAUACGUGCAGUCAGCAGCAUUGUGGAAUGGCAGCAGUGGGAGUCCCUUCGCUUUGGUGAAUAUGGUGACCCAGUGCAAUGCAGUGCUUGGGUGGGCCAGUGUGCUCUGUACAUAAUGAUUAUGACAUUUGAGAAAACCAUCAUCAUUAUAGUGCUUCUUAUACCUCAGUGGAAAGAGGUAGCUUUAUUGAAUCCUAUAGAGAACCCCCAGCUGGAGCUGGCUAUCGUCAUGCUGAUAGUUCCCUUCUUUGUUAAUGCAUUGAUGUUCUGGGUAGUAGAUAAUUUUCUUAUGAAGAAAGGGAAGACAAAAGCUAAACUUGAAGAAAAGGAAGCAGGACAAGAUUCAAGAAAUGGGAGUAAAGUCCGAUACAGGAGAGCAGCAUCACAUGAAGAGUCAGAGUCAGAAAUCCUUAUUUCAGCAGAUGAUGAGAUGGAGGAAUCGGAUGCUGAAGAGGACCUGCGUAGACUGACCAACUUGAAGCCCAUUAAGAAAAAGAAGCAUCGUUUUGGUCUGCCUGUAUGA